AUUGGACAUCCGGUACCAGAGGGUUUCACGUAUGAAAACAUCAAAUUCCACUGCAAACAACACUAUCAAGCGAAGCAAGCCCUGGAGAGUUGGUUGCGAGAUCACAAAAUGGGAAUGUGGCAAUCAAAACCUGAAGAGGUGUCUAUGUUCACAGUGUGAAUUUACGGAAUUAUCGACGAAAAUUCAAGGAUUCUAGAU